GUUACAAUGAUGAAAUUAACGGAGCUCUGUUCAUAGCAGUCAUUGUUCCGGUUACACUGUGUGUUCCACUUGCUUGUAUUUUAAUUGCGCUUGUUGCGUUUAGGUAAGUCCUAUAAACUGGUACUAAACGAAAAAUUCAGGGACCGCGGAACAAGGGCAUAUCCCGUAAUAUCCUGCCCCCCCCCCCCCACACGUUUAAACAGGCCCCUCGGACCCUGCAACUAUAAUCUUGCAAGAGUAGUGCCCUCCUGCAGGAUUUUAUUUUUGGGAUGGCAACUUAAUAAUUUGUGAGUCACAAUGGACCAUUUGCAUUAUAGACUAAAUUUUGAUCUAGACAAAAAUUUCAUCACAGCUUGAAAGAGCAUCACAAAUUUAGUAAUAUUCCACAGUUUCGUUGCGAAAUGUUGUAAAAUGCGGAUAAUUUAGCCUUGCGAAGUUUGUCGUUUUUCUGCCAUUUUGUAUUACGCACGGGAAAUUGACAGCCCAUUCGGGUGUUGGGGCAUCAAUUUCCCGUUUGUAAUAGAAAAUGACUGAAAAUUGCAAAUUUCGCAAGGCUAUAUUUUCCGCAUUUUACAACAUUUCGCAACGAAACUUUGGAAUAUUACUAAUUUUGUGAUGCUCUUUCAAGCUUUUGUCUAAACCAAAAUUUAGUCUAUAAUGCAAAUGAUCCAUUCUAGGGGGCUUUGUAGUUAUGUUCCUGAAAAAAAUUGAACUUUGGAUCUCUGAAACAGAAUUUCCUGCAUUAUCGAGACAGUUAAAAAUGUAAAUGUUUGAAGUGCCUAUAUCACUUGCGGGAUCUUUUCUAAAGUGCCUAUAUCACUUGUGGGAUAUUUGAAAAGAGCACAAAAAGUUGUUUAAUUAAUAAUAACUUCUAAAAUCUUUUUCAAUUUGGUUCAGUUUUCUCAAUAUGUUGACCCUAAAACAUGACAAUUUUCAAAAAAAUCCGUCGUGCUUGGGGGCCUGAGACUCAGGAACGCGAGCGUAAACAAACACUAAGAAUUGUGUGAUAUGCUGACGCUAUCACUUCCUGAAGUGAGACUUUUUGCUAGAAAAGUUUGUUUAUUAAGCUUAAAGUCGUUCUCUGCUACUGGUAAAAGUUUCUACGAUUGCGUUGAAUAUAGAAUUGAAGGUGAAACGUACAAAAUAAAAUUUGUAAGUGCCCCUUCGUAGAUGACGUCUAGCUUCAUAUAUUGGCCAUGAGAAACUUGACAUUUAGAGCUACACUGCCAAAGGUGCAUGCAUGGGUCAAAGAAUACGUAUGAAAGUUAGAAGAAUAAAAAAAGAAGUAAGGAAAUUCUUUUUCACUUGAAACGGACCUUACAGCAUAUGUCGUAAUAAUUCUUUGUAUUAUUAAUUAAAGUGUCUGAAUAAAAUAUUUUCUGUAUAGGCCAAAUGCCGUGCGACGACCACACAGUAUUUGCCAUAUUUUGAAUUCUUUUUGAGUAAUUAUGUUUUACAGGUUGAAUUGUUGAGAUAUCAAAAUUAAGUAAGGGAGGAGCUGUUUCGAUUCUAUUUUGUACUGUUGAGACUCACAACACAUUUCAUGAUUCAAUGAUUGUAUUAGCUUUACUGCUGCAGUAGACCAAUAUAUAAAUACUUGGAUCUGAUUCAAUUAACUUUGCUGUUAAAUUAAUGGUAAAGGCCCCGAUAUUCAAACCCUUGCCAAACUAAUUCGCUAGAAGGCCAAAAGGGCCUAUGUCUCAGAAAUCUUUGAACUAAAUAAAAAAAGGUUGAAUUAGAAUUUAUUAACUAACAUUUUGUACUCUCUCCAAAUUCGUAAAGAUUCCACAAGUGAUAUAAACACUUUGAUAAAUCACCUUUAACAUUGCUAAUAUUGGAGACAUAAUCAAUAUAUAGUUAAUUCAAUGAGAGACGUAAACACAUGGAGCUUUAUCGAUACACAACGAUACGCAACUCUGUCUAUUAAAUGACAAUUUUUCACCCUCCUCCCUAAUUAAUGGCAUUUGAAAGAAUCUAAAACCACUGAAAAACUUUGUGAUGCCAAAACGGCGCCAUUCCUUAGAGCGAAAGGAUAAAAUCAUGUGCGAGAUUGUUACAGGACAUCACACAAACGAAUUUCAAACGAAUUGUACUUCCUUUGCCUACUGUUUCGCUACUAAGCUGCAACUGUAAUUUUAUUUUUAGAGUUUUUAAACGACGACAAGAGGAGAGAAUGCCACAUAUAUAUGAAUUAUUUGAAUUAUACAAACGAACCUGA